GCGACGAAGGGCGGACGGCUGGACAGCGCAGCCCCUGGGAGCUGAGUGAUUAAUGGAUAGUAUUAUUAUUUUAUAGCUUUUAAUUUAUUAAUGCUUAUAUUUCAGUAGUCAUUACAGUUUUUUUUUUAUUUUGUUUGUUUUUAAAUUUGUAUAUACAUAUAUACACUCAGCGUAGUAAUGGCGAGCUCGGCAAACUCGAACCCAGUGCCUAAAUUAUAUCGAUCAGUAAUUGAAGAUGUAAUCAAUGAUGUACGUGAGCUCUUCCUUGAUGAGGGUGUGGAUGAGCAAGUUCUUCUAGAACUGAGAACGUUAUGGGAGAACAAACUAAUGCAGUCCAAAGCAGUAGAUGGUUUUCAUACAGAAGAACAGCAGCUGCUGUUACAAGCACAGGCAGCUCAGCAGCAACAACAGCAGCAGCAACAGCAGCAACAGGUACAACAUCAGUCACAGCAGCAGCAAGUUAUUAUUCCUCCAGCACAGCAAGCCCCACAGCAACAGGUUAUUGUACAGGAUCCGAAAAUCAUACAACACAUGAAUGCCACAGGAAUGAGUGCAGCUGCCACCGCAGCAACAUUGGCAUUGCCGGCAGGUGUUGCUCCUUACCAGCAAUUAAUUACAAAUCAAGGGCAAAUAUUACAGGUGGUAAGAGCUCCAAAUGGAACCCAGUAUAUCCUCCAACCUCAGCAGCAGGUUGUUUUACAGCAGCAAGUUAUUCCUCAGAUGCAAGCAGGUGGAGUUCAGGCCCCUGUUAUACAGCAGGUCCUAACACCACUUCCUGGUACCAUACCACAGCAAGCUGGAGUGAUUAUUCAGCCUCAACAAAUUGUCAUCGCAGGGAAUAAAAUUCCCCAAAAUGCACAGGUAAUGCAAACUACUGCUAUGACUGCUUCAACAACACAAACGGGACAGAAUGCUGUGCAGGUCCAGCAGCAGCAAGCACAACAGCAACAAACGCAACAGCAGCAGCCUCCCCCUAUGAUGUUACAGGUGGAUGGGACAGGAGACACCUCAUCUGAGGAAGAUGAGGAGGAAGAUGAGUAUGAUGAAGAGGAGGAAGAUGAUAAGGAUAAAGAUGCAGGGGAGGAUGGACAAGUGGAAGAGGAGCCUUUAAACAGUGAGGACGAUGUCAGCGAUGAAGAAGGGCAAGAACUGUUUGAUACUGAAAAUGUGGUAGUUUGUCAGUAUGAUAAGAUUCACAGAAGUAAGAACAAGUGGAAAUUCCACCUAAAAGAUGGCAUCAUGAACUUAAAUGGAAGAGAUUAUGUAUUUUUUAAAGCCAUUGGAGAUGCAGAAUGGUAAAACAAACUCUUGUAAGAUAAUGCCGAACACAUCAGAAAUGAACUACACAUACUUCAGCAAAUGUUUCCAACAGGAAAUAAUGUAAAGCUACUGAAAGUGAAAUACACAAGUGUUACUAACAACACUAUGUAAAUGAACAAGCAUCCCUCUUUAUACGGCUUCUGAUGUUGGAUGUUAGUUUAUAUAUUUAUAAAAAUAACCUUGUUCUGGCAAAUACAACUGGACUUUAUACAUUCUGUUUGUAUUUUAAAAGUUUAAGUUCAGGCAAAAAUACAGAAAGUUGGAUUUCAAGGAAAUUUUUUU